UGCACACUAUUUUACCACCCUUUUUUCUUCUUCUUCUUCUUGUGUUAAGUAUUAAUCUUCAUCUUCUCAUUAACCUUGUUACUUUCUUUCGAAGUUCUUGUAAAGAUUAAUGGGCGAUGCAAUGUAUGAUGAAGAGUGUGAUUAUCUGUUCAAAGCAGUUCUAACUGGUGAUUCUGGAGUGGGAAAAUCAAAUCUGUUAUCAAGAUUUGCGAAAGAUGAAUUCAGGUUGGAUUCAAAACCAACCAUAGGAGUUGAAUUUGCUUACAGAAAUAUCAGAGUUAGAGAUAAAUUCAUCAAAGCUCAAAUAUGGGACACUGCAGGCCAAGAAAGGUUCAAAGCGAUCACAAGUUCAUAUUAUAGAGGAGCCUUGGGAGCAUUGCUAGUGUACGACAUAACAAGGCGAUCGAGUUUUGAGAAUGUGAGAGCAUGGUUAGUGGAGCUAAGAGAAUUUGGCGGGGAAGACAUGGUGGUUAUUCUGGUUGGAAACAAGAGUGAUCUAGUUGAAUCAAGAGAAGUUGAGGAAAAAGAAGGGAAAGAGUUUGCAGAGAAAGAAGGGCUGUGUUUUAUGGAAACUUCUGCUUUGAAGAAUCUCAAUGUGGAGCAAGUGUUCUUACAAAUGAUCACAAAGAUAUUUGAAAUCACAAGCCAGAGAAGUUUGGAAGCCAAAAUGAAUGCAAAACCACUUAAGCUUUUGAAUGGGAGAGAGAUUUACUUAGCUGAUGAAGUCACUGCAACUAAACAGGCUCCUUGUUGUUCUUGAUGAUUUUGCAAGAAUCUUUUAUGUUUGGUUCAUCAACUUUUUGAUUGGUCUUUUUGUAUUACAUGUAAUUAUACAUGCUGAUUUUUAUAUGAUACAUGGAUUUUGAUAUCACGUGCUAUAAAAAAGGAUGGUAUUUUUUAGUGA